AACAAUAUGUAAACGGUAGUAGAAUACAUUAUCAAUAGUGUAUCCCAUAUGUCAACACUGCACUAUAUACGAUAUGUAAAUGACUGAUGGUCUGGUAACACAGGCUAUUAAAGAUAUUAUUAUUCGUUCGUCAGCCAAAUAAAACGCAUCGUACUAAAUAAAGUCCUACAUCGUCAGGUGUGGUAAAAGAGCACAUUUCGCGCAAAAUUUUAAACUUAAAAGUACCUCAGCAAUGUCGGAAAAGCAGCAGAUUGCAAAUUCUUUGCGUGAUCUCGGAAUUGUUUUUCGGAGACCGCGACGGUGAGACAGUUGAAAAUCCUUUUAUCAUCGGCCGUAGGAGUACCGCAAAGGGAAAACGGUAACUCGCCGAAAAAAAACAGCUAUUUUGCCAGCAACGGUGACUGCCGCCCCAGCUUCGGCGGCAAAAUCAGUGACGGCGAUCGGCGAUAUAAUUCCGCAAGAUUCGGGAACUACCAACGUACCGAUGAAGCGCAGUAGCGCCACUACAGACAAUAGCAGCGCCCCACCGGCAAACUCCGUAGCAACUUCAGAAAACGUCAGUGCCACUUCAGCAAACCCCAUAGUAUCUUCAGCCACUCCAGCAAACUUCAGUGCCACUUCAGAGACCCCCAUAGCAAUUUCAGCCGCUUCAGCAAACUUCAGUGCCACUUCAGCAAACCCCAUAGUAUCUUCAGCCACUCCAGCAAACUUCAGUGCCACUUCAGAGACCCCCAUAGCAAUUUCAGCCGCUUCAGCAAACUUCAGUGCCACUUCAGCAAACCCCAUAGUAUCUUCAGCCACUCCAGCAAACUUCAGUGCCACUUCAGAGACCCCCAUAGCAAUUUCAGCCGCUUCAGCAAACUUCAGUGCCACUUCAGCAAACCCCAUAGUAUCUUCAGCCACUCCAGCAAACUUCAGUGCCACUUCAGAGACCCCCAUAGCAAUUUCAGCCGCUUCAGCAAACUUCAGUGCCACUUCAGCAAACCCCAUAGUAUCUUCAGCCACUCCAGCAAACUUCAGUGCCACUUCAGAGACCCCCAUAGCAAUUUCAGCCGCUUCAGCAAACUUCAGUGCCACUUCAGCAAACCCCAUAGUAUCUUCAGCCACUCCAGCAAACUUCAGUGCCACUUCAGAGACCCCCAUAGCAAUUUCAGCCGCUUCAGCAAACUUCAGUGCCACUUCAGCAAACCCCAUAGUAUCUUCAGCCACUCCAGCAAACUUCAGUGCCACUUCAGAGACCCCCAUAGCAAUUUCAGCCGCUUCAGCAAACUUCAGUGCCACUUCAGCAAACCCCAUAGUAUUUUCAGCCACUACAGCAAACUUCAGUGUAACUUCAGAGACCCCCAUAGCAACUUCAGCCGCUUCAGCAAUCUUCAGUCCCACUUCAGAGACUUCACUGCCACUCCAGCAAACCUCAGUGCCAUCCCAGCAAACGUUAGUGUCACUCCAGCAAACGAAACCACAGUCUCAGCAGCAACUACACAACCUGCGCCAACGACGGCGCAGCUUCAUUAAACCGCGACGCCACGCCAUUAGUGGCAGCGGUAAGCAGCCAAAAGCCAGCAGCGUUUGAUAACGGUGGCGUAGCAGCAAAUAUAGCCGGCAGAGUAGCGGCUACCACAUAUACCGACGAGCUAACGGAGCUCGAAGUAAGCUCGAGAAACAGCUACGUAUCCUGCAACUGAAAAACGAAAUCAAGAAAUUGGAGGACGUAAAUUCGACACCAAAAUUCCCCGUAAAUUUUAGUGACAUUGAAAACUCCAUCCCAAAAUUUAGCGGGGACGAUGGCGUGGAUUUCCAAAAGUGGAUACAGGAGUUCGAGUACGUCACGAAGUGUUACGGCGGCGACGAAAAAUCAAAGCCCUUGCUAGCACGUUGCAUGCUCACUGGGAGCGCACGACUGUAUGUCAAGAUGGUCGACGUUCACUCCUGGUGCGAUAUAAAACAUUUCCUCAUCAUGGAAUUUAAACGGCCAGCCAGCGUGAAGGAAAUUAAAAAAAAAAACUGGAGUCGCGCGUAUGGGAAAAGACGGAGAGCCUGAUGCACUACGU